AUGGCGAGUCUGAAAACUUUAGCAGGGACAUCAAGAGCUUUGUUUGUGCAAUUUGCAUUUGCUGCUGUAACUGCAUCUCUUGCUGUCGCUGUUGCUGCUCCAGCUGGAAUUGCUGUAGCUGUUGCUGCCACUGCCGUUGUUGCUGUUGCCAUUGCUGCUGUUGCAGCUCAAACUGUUGGCGGCUUUGUUGCUGAAGGUGCUGUAGCAUUCCUUCCUGCUGUUGCAGCUCAAAAUGUUGGCGGCUUUGUUGCUGAAGGUGCUGUAGCAUUCCUUCCUGCUGUUGCAGCUCAAACUGUUGGCGGCUUUGUUGCUGAAGGUGCUGUAGCAUUCCUUCCUGCUGUUGCAGCUCAAACUAUUGGCGGCUUUGUUGCUAAAGGUGCUGUAGCAUUCCUUCCUGCUGUUGCAGCUCAAACUGUUGGCGGCUUUGUUGCUGAAGGUGCUGUAGCAUUCCUUCCUGCUGUUGCAGCUCAAACUGUUGGCGGCUUUGUUGCUGAAGGUGCUGUAGCAUUCCUUCCUGCUGUUGCAGGUCAAACUGUUGGCGACUUUGUUGCUGAAGGUGCUGUAGCAUUCCUUCCUGCUGUUGCAGCUCAAACUGUUGGCGGCUUUGUUGCUGAAGGUGCUGUAGCAUUCCUUCCUGCUGUUGCAGCUCAAACUAUUGGCGGCUUUGUUGCUAAAGGUGCUGUAGCAUUCCUUCCUGCUGUUGCAGCUCAAACUGUUGGCGGCUUUGUUGCUGAAGGUGCUGUAGCAUUCCUUCCUGCUGUUGCAGCUCAAACUGUUGGCGGCUUUGUUGCUGAAGGUGCUGUAGCAUUCCUUCCUGCUGUUGCAGCUCAAACUAUUGGCGGCUUUGUUGCUAAAGGUGCUGUAGCAUUCCUUCCUGCUGUUGCAGCUCAAACUGUUGGCGGCUUUGUUGCUGAAGGUGCUGUAGCAUUCCUUCCUGCUGUUGCAGCUCAAACUGUUGGCGGCUUUGUUGCUGAAGGUGCUGUAGCAUUCCUUCCUGCUGUUGCAGGUCAAACUGUUGGCGACUUUGUUGCUGAAGGUGCUGUAGCAUUCCUUCCUGCUGUUGCAGCUCAAACUGUUGGCGGCUUUGUUGCUGAAGGUGCUGUAGCAUUCCUUCCUGCUGUUGCAGCUCAAACUAUUGGCGGCUUUGUUGCUAAAGGUGCUGUAGCAUUCCUUCCUGCUGUUGCAGCUCAAACUGUUGGCGGCUUUGUUGCUGAAGGUGCUGUAGCAUUCCUUCCUGCUGUUGCAGCUCAAACUGUUGGCGGCUUUGUUGCUGAAGGUGCUGUAGCAUUCCUUCCUGCUGUUGCAGGUCAAACUGUUGGCGGCUUUGUUGCUGAAGGUGCUGUAGCAUUCCUUCCUGCUGUUGCAGGUCAAACUGUUGGCGGCUUUGUUGCUGAAGGUGCUGUAGCAUUCCUUCCUGCUGUUGCAGGUCAAACUGUUGGCGGCUUUGUUGCUGAAGGUGCUGUAGCAUUCCUUCCUGCUGUUUGA